AUGACACCAAACGCCACCCUUCCAUUCGCCCUCGUCACCUCAGCCACCCAACAUGACAAAGCCAAGGUGGUAGACAUUGAUGCCAUCAUGAACAACUUACAUAUUGUACUUUACAUGCUGACCAUUGUCCUGGGCACCACGGGCAACUCUGUAGUCAUCUGGGUGGCAGGCUUCAAGCUCAAGCCCACCGUCGCCAAUGUGUGGCUGGUCAACCUGGCCGUGGCCGACCUCAUCUUCUGCCUGAGCCGUGUGCUCUCGCUGACCAAGAAGCUCCUCUUCGACUACUGGCCAUUCGGCAUCUUCUUGUGCAAGUUCAACGGCUUCUUCAGGUACGCCAACAUGUUCUGCAGUGUGUUCCUGCUCGCCGUCAUCAGCAUGGACCGGGCACUGUGCGUCUGGCACCCUGUCUUUACCAAACGGCGUAGGACGAUCUGCGCCGCCCGCCUGGUGAGCACCGGCGUGUGGGCGGUGGCGGCCAUUUUGAGCACCCCCUACUUCGCCUACCGCCAGGUUUACCUGGAUAAGAACAACCUGAGCAAGUGUUCACUGGAGGGAAAGGAGCCAACGAAGGACGAUAACAGCGCUAAGCUAGCGCUCUACUCCAUCCGCUUCCUAUGCGGUUUCCUGCUUCCUUUCCUCAUCAUCCUCUGCUGCUACAUCCUGGCAGGGCUAGGCAUCCGACGCACCCGCCUGUUGGGCAAGUCACGUCCCCUCCGUAUCCUGGCAUCGCUGGUCUGUGCCUUCUUCCUGUGCUGGGCGCCCUACCACUGCCUCCUACUGGCCAAGAUGGUGAACAGCAAGAGUACGAUGGUGAAGGUUGGGCUGACAGUGGCCACAGGCUUUACCAACUUCAACAGUUGCAUGAACCCGCUGCUUUACUUCUGUAUGGGGUUGGACAUGAGAGGGUCGAGGUUCAGGCAGAGCUUAGCGGGAGUGUACCGGAGAGCACUAGCCGAUGACAGGGAUGGUCGCUCCACGCAGUCCAACGAGAGCACAGUGGAUAAGAGUUCUGGCUCUGCGCCACGACCUGCAAUGGUGGCCGGUCAGUCUCGAGUGAAUGUGGCCAACGUCUGA